GAGAGGGUGCGCGACUGACUGCAGGGAGUCGGGAGCAAACGUCUCUCUCUCAAGCGAAGUGCAACCUGUUCUCUUGAGGCUGUUUACGUUAACUUUUAAAGGCCCGUGGAACAGCGUACUUGAAUGUUUCAAUGGUAUGACAGACUACUCUGUGAAGCAGAUCCCUAAAUGAGCUGGUGUAGGGGAGCAAAACUGUGGCAUACAGCACAGUCAGAGAUUCUCUGGUGAAUGGAGCUGGGUAAGCAGUGAUGAUGCGUUGUCUGGCAGCCCGUGUUCACUACAAGACCCUGAUAGUGAUCUGUGCCCUUCUCUCUCUGCUAACGGUUGUUCUGUGGAACAAGUGCACAAGUGAGAAGGCACUCCGCUUCCUCCCCCGGCACCCCCAGACCCCUCCCAGCCCUAAAAUAGACAGCCACCCGCAACAACCCCAGCCCCCCGAACCACCACCUGUGGUCGGUGGAGUACGCUAUGAAGAGAUCGACUGCCUGAUCAAUGAGGAUACCACCAUUAAGGGCCGUCGAGAGGGCAGUGAGGUGUACCUGCCUUUCAACUGGAUGGAGAAGUACUUUGAGGUAUACGGGAAGGUGGUACAGUACGACGGCUACGAUCGAUUUGAGUUUUCUCAUAGUUACUCCAAAGUAUAUGCCCAUAGAGAACCUUACCACCCCAAUGGAGUCUUCAUGUCCUUUGAGGGGUAUAACGUGGAGGUGCGUGACAGAGUCAAGUGCAUCAGUGGAGUGGAAGGAGUACCGUUGUCCACCCAGUGGGGUCCUCAAGGGUAUUUCUAUGCUAUUCAGAUAGCUCAGUAUGGCCUGAGUCAUUACAGUAAGAACCUGACAGAGCGGCCACCCCAUGUGGAGGUGUAUGACACAGCGGAGGACAGAGACAGCAGCUCUAGCGUGUGGACUGUCCCUAAGGGCUGUGCUCUCACCCGAGUCUAUGACAAGACCAGAGCCACAUCAGUGCGACAGUUCAGCGCUCCAGAAAACUCAGAGGGUAUCUCUCUUCCACUUGGCAACAUGAAAGAUUUCAUCAUCUCGUUUGACCUGAAGUUUACAUCGAAUGGUAGCAUCUCUGUUGUCUUGGAGACAACAGAGAAAGGGCCUCCAUUCAUUAUCCACUAUAUCACCACUACUCGGCUUAUUUCGUUCAAGGAUCGUGACAUCACCUAUGGCAUUGGCCCUCGGACUGCAUGGUCUAUGGUCACCCGUGACCUUCUCACUGACCUCCGCAAAGGCAUUGGCCUCUCCAACACCAAAGCGGUGAAAGCCACCAAGACCAUGCCUCGGCGUGUUGUAAAGGUAGUGCUACACGGCCAUGGAGCAAUAGACAACAUCACAAUUGCCACCACUUCACAUAUGACAGCAUUUUUUGCUGCCAGUGAUUGGUUGGUGCGCAACCAGGACGAGCGUGGUGGUUGGCCAAUCAUGGUGACUCGUAAAGUUGGUGAAGGUUUUCGUGCACUGGAGCCUGGUUGGUAUUCUGCCAUGGCACAAGGGCAGGCCAUGUCUACUUUAGUGCGCGCCUAUCUGAUGACAAAAGAUGAUACGUACCUGAAGUCUGCCCUUCAUGCCACUGGACCUUUCAAACUGCCCUCAGAGCAGCACGGAGUCAAAGCUAUGUUCAUGAAUAAAUAUGACUGGUAUGAGGAAUAUCCCACAAUCCCUAGCUCCUUCGUACUGAAUGGGUUCAUCUAUUCCCUCAUAGGCCUGUAUGACCUGGCACAAACAGCGGGUGAGAAACUUGGUCGGGACGCAGGUCAGCUGUACAGCAAGGGGAUGGAGUCCCUUAAAGUGAUGUUGCCCCUGUACGAUACAGGGUCGGGAACCAUAUAUGAUCUGCGGCACUUUAUACUGGGCACAGCGCCCAACCUGGCUCGCUGGGACUACCAUACAACGCACAUCAACCAGCUCCAGCUGCUGGACUCUAUUGACAACUCUCCCAUCUUCAAGGACUUCAUCAAGCGCUGGAAAAGUUACCUGAAAGGAGGGAAGGCCAAGCACAACUAGAGCACAGGAGGCCACUAAAAUCUCUUCAAGCUCUCAAAUCCUCUUCAUGACUGCCGCCGUGAGGACCAGAGGAGGUCAAGUGUAAAGCUGCUAGCAGCAAUCUGCUGCAGUUUCUAGCUAGGAGAAAAAAAAUUACUGAACUCUCUAGUAGCCCUCUGAUUUUCUGCUUGAGACCGUAAUUGCAGUGCUUUUGUUUGUGCUGAGGUUUUAAUUAGGAACAAACGCAGCUGCUUGCAGCAUGUGUCUGGAUGAGGAGGAGGAUGCGCUUUGGUUAUUUAAUUAUCAGAGCUCCAGAUCUACAGGUUUGAGUGAGAGAGGCGUCUGCUGAGAUUUUCCACAUUUGGGCACACUACAGUCAAAAAGAUGGAUCGCAAAGCAGCUUUCAGAACCUUCUUCCAAAGUAAAGCUCAGAAAAUAAUUAGUCACCAGAUGGGAAAAAUGGUUAAAAAUAAGCAGUUGAAAAGAUUGUAGACAGUGAGAAAAAAACUUAAGCUGCUGUAGAUUCAAGUUAUUUAAGUUCAUAGCCCAAAAGCAUAAUACUAAUACAUACAAGCUAUAGAAAAAAAAUGCUGAAAACGUCCACAAGUGUAGCAUAAUUAUAUGUCAAAGAGCAGUUAAGGUUUACUUAGUCAAUUUGACAUUGGAAGGAAACACGACACCUUAUAAGGCCACACACUAUGAUUAAUUGUACAGCCUUCAGUCUGCAUAUCAUGGUCCUUUGCCAAGUCAAACCCUCACCACAAUCAGAUUGGGCUGUUAUUAAUGUGGUCCAGGCCUGCCCAUAAUGCACUUAAAGCUUUAGUGAGGUUAUAGGUCUCUUGCUUAAUGCUUACAGCAAAUUUCAGGAAACAUAAAUGUUGUUCUUAAGAAGUACACCCUGACACCACUGUACUAGACUAAUAAAGGUGAGAUCAGCACAGUUCGGUUUCUUUGAGUAUUUUAAGGAACCCAAAAUGGUUUUGUAGGCCAUAGUGUUCGCUCCUGUAAUCAAGAUGUCAAACCUCAGUUGAAUUGUACUACAUAUAAAUUAUUCAUGCACUUUACUUGUGUGGCAUGUGUUUGGUGAGGAUGCCUUUUUUAGAACCAUUUGUGAUUUGAAUUAGGAUUUAAAUCCUAACACCAAUUCAUUAUUUAAUUUCUGCAUCUCGUGAUUUGAUGACAAUUAACCAUUUUUAAGGGAAUUUUCUGAUUCCAAGCAUACUGUAGCUAUUUCCUCUCUUUACCAACAUGUUUUAUUAAACAAGCUAUAUUCAUUUAAACAUAUUAUUUUAGGACAACUGGUGAAUGUCAACCAACAUAAGUGAGUAGAUUAUGUCAAGCAAAAGAGUGAGAUUAUUUACUCUCACACUCGGUCGAAUGUCUUGUGUCUCAGCCAAACAAAAGAGUCUCAAAAAAGGAAAUGUGUUUUUCAUGUAUUAAAAGCUAAAAUGGUCCCUACAUUUAUCAUGUUAUUCAAAAAAUGUCUUCCCACAUUGAAAAUCCCAUCCCUGACUAGUGUACCCAAGUGUUUGGAGUGCCUAGAGACUGACAUAAUUUGAGUUUAGAAGUGUUUUGGCCAUUUCACUUCCUGAUGUUUCUCAGAGGUAUCGCUACUUCACCUCGGCAGUAAAACCUCCACCUGGCUGAGUCCUGUCUGUUCAAAUCUCACCUAACCACAGCGACUAAAUGCAGAGAUACUCAUUAUCUGACAACCUGCUGUUCAGAACCCUCUUAAGCAGAUGUUCACAUUACAGUGUGGGCUUUGGGCUUUUGGCUUUAGAUAUUAAUAAAUGGCAAGCAGUCGGAGUUGAAAAAAUGUGAUAUUUAUAAAUGUUUGACUUCAAAGCGAUUGGUUGGUUUAUGUUUGUUUGGUAGAGAUAGCAUUUUGAGGCUGUGGGCUAUUCUCAGUGCUUCAGCCCUGGGGAUUAUCUCCGUGUUAACCCAUUUUCAGUUUAAAAAUCUUUUGUUUUCCCAUGAAAGCUAGGUUGCUGCUAGUUUUCACUGACCUCACAAAUAACACUAUGCACAUUUCAUACUUGUCACUUAAUAGGUUGACAAAAGUAUGUUACAAGGGAAAAUGGCAUUAACAUGCAUCACUGUAGAAAGCCUACAUUUUGUUUAUACCAAAGUCUUUAAAGUCAUUUUUCCCCCCUGUUUUGUUUCUGUAUUGUUGUAUAUGGAAGACAAUGGAGUAUUUGUAUUGGUAUUUCUUUUUUGAAAAGGUGAUUGACAGAAUGUUUUUGGGUAGUAUAUAUGCCUUCCUCCUCUGAGGAAAUGCCUUUUGAUACUGUUAUUUUUUGAGACUAAGAUUUCUAUAAUAUAACAUGUGUAGAGAAGGGAACAGGGAAUACUAUUGAUUGCCACUAUCAAUGGGGAUGUGUGCAACUAUAUAUAGAGCACGUGCUCAGUGCUAGAUAUUUUAAAUGGGAAAAGUGAGACUCGGAACAGCAGAUCUGUUCUUGGAAGCCUUGUUUCAAAGCAGCCUCCUCUGAGUUGGGUUUUGACAAACCUUGUUGUUUCCAUUUGAGUGAACUCCUUGAAGUAAGCAACAUUAAAGCACAAAAAUAGUUUCUUUAGUUAAUUUAUUGUCAUCUUUUGUUGUGGUUUCAUUAAUAUUUCUCCUCUGGACAAUGUACAAAGCAUUCCUCUGAAAGCUGCUGCAGUUUAGAAUUGUAAAACUGUAGAGUUGUGGUUGAUCACCCCUUCCCCUUUUUUUUGUUUGUUCUUUUUCAUGAAUGGGUUUUUGACAUGUGAGUUGUUUAAUGUGUAUGCAAUAAAUGGUUGAACUUGAUCGCAACAGCUACACACCCAGAGGUUGUACAGACUUUAUAGUGGAAGCACAAUGUGCACAUGCGACCAUUUGUAUGCAGGACAAAUGUUUAUUAAAGUCUUUGUGCUAUAAAUUGCUUUUUAAAAUUCUAUAAAUAAAUGCAUUUCUUUU